UUUAAUUGUUGUGGGACUAAUGAAUACAACACGAAGUGGUAGAGUAAUUAACAAACCACACCACCUCGAAGACCAAUCAGCCAACAUGUCCACUCAAUCCACUGAAAAGAUCCCCUAUGGAGAAACAAGUCAGGAAACUACCCAGGAGACCUCCCAAGUGUCCCGUAGACCUGGUCCUCAGCGAAACCUGGCAUCGAAUCGAUUCGAAGUGAACCACUCUCGUCUCCCAACAGUCCGUCUGAGCAACAAAAAACGGAAUCGACUGAAGAAGCGGAAGAAAGUGUACGCGGACGGAGAACAUGACAAAACACGACCUCAGUUGACUGAGGAAGAAGUUCGGAAAAAGCGGAGAAGACAACGUUCUGAGCGAGUUGGCUGCCUGGUUGACCGUAGAAACUGAAACGGCCGUGGAAUGCCUACCAAGUGUGGGGAGAGCCCCUUCGGAAGCGCAUUCUGACGAAAUACCCGG